AUGAAUUUCGCAAAACAAUCCAUGAAAGAAAUCAAUAAGCAAUUUUGGGCCAAACAAACCAUUACUAAUAGCAGCAUGUUGGGUGGAUAUGAUGAAAUAAAUAAUGUAGACAUUCAACAGUCGGAAUUGUUCCUACUUAAGAACAUCCAAUAAUUUAACACUCUCUUGGAAUUAGGAGCAGGAGUAGGCAGAAUAUCAGAACAGUUAUUUACCAAAUAUUUUAAGGAAAUUCAUUUAGUAGAGAGGGAAGCUAAAUUUGUAAAUGAAUCUAAGAGAAAGCUCAGCAAAUUCAAUUGUUAAUAUUAUCAAAUGUCAGUAGAAGAAUUUGAACCUUCUACUCAUUAUGAUUGCAUCUGGAUCCAAUGGAUUAGUAUGUAUCUAACGGAUUAAGACUUUUGUAACAUGCUCUCAAAAUUCAAGAAGACUCCCAUUGUUUUAAAGGAGAAUAUUUCAUAACAGGAUUAUUUAUACGAUGAAGAAGACGCUUCAAUUACUAGAUCUGACAGAAUAUACUAGAACUUAAUCAAGUAAUGCGGGUUCUAAAUCAUGGACUAAUAGUUCUAAGAAGGAUUGCCAAAUGAUAUUUAUAAGAUUAAGUUUUAUCUUUUAAAACAUCAAGAGUUAUGA